AACAAGCAUACAAGUGGACUCGUCUAUAAGGGGGUGAAAGGUCAUCAUCAGACAAAUGGCGGAAGAAGAGGAAAGAGUUUUGCAGGAGGAGUUCAGGUGGCUGCUGCUGCAUGAAGUCAAUGCAGUGCUGCGGCAGCUGCAGACUGUGCUGCAGGAGUGCAGCAAGUGGUUCCUGCUGCCUGGCUCAACGGAGUCCUGUCUUGUGAAAGCAGAGAAGUACCUCCUCACCAGCGCAACGGGUGCUGACCAUGUGAAGGCUGUGAUCACCCUGUAUGGAGACAACAUCUGCACUGCAGACAUGAGUGUGAAGAUCCAUCGUCACUCCACUCAGAACUUCCGCACCAGCUUCAGGGAGGGGCUGCAGUGGAAACUACAGGCUAUCCAGAAUGCAGCCAAUCACCUUCAAGCUGCACUCGAUCAUGUGACCAGCAUUGAGCAGGGCUACCUGUUCCAGACUGGGGAGGAGGUCGUAAAGGUGAUGGAUGACAUCAUGGGUCGGCUGAACCGAGGCCGGGACUGUCUGACCACACCCCGCAAGAGAACCCUGGAGGAGCUCUACUCCAGCAAAAUCAUGAAAAUGUUUAGUCCAGCCCUUCCAAACGAGGUUAUCGUGAGUUUCCACAUCCAUUGCCACAAGCUGGUGCUGGGGGCAUACCAGGUACAUCCCCUGCAGAGCAGCUCACAGAAGCCCAAGACAACCCUGCCUGCCAUCUACCACCCCACAGGAUCAGUCUUUGAGCUGGGGAGUCAGAAGUAUGAAGUUGUCCAGUCAAACAAAGUGGAGGUGGCCGUCCCCUGGCUGAACGAUGUCAUCACAUACUUCACUGUGGGGCUGCAGUUGUGCCAGCAACUUAAGGAUAAGAUUACGGUGUUCCAGCAGUACUGGAAAGACUGAAGAAGAGAUAUCCCAUCAUGCACUUGUGCUGUGUACUAGGUAACCUCAAAAACUGGUGCAAUAUUUUCAGAACUGUGUUUUUUUGUACCUUAUUUGCUUAUUUCUUCAAACAUUCUUUUGACAGUAUUAGUUAGUACCAUAAAGGUAAAUGCACUAUUUCUUACACAGAGUAAAAUGCUUGCCAA